AUGACAUGGCUAUGCAUUUCCGAAUGGGAUAGGGCCCUUACCGGAGGCAUAAGGAAAGAUUUUGUACGAAUACAACAUGAUUGUUGUAUUGUGAUUGUGGUUCCAGGAAAGAUGAGCAGGAGGUGGAUACAAAACCCGAAUAGGUGCGCAGGCGAAUACUUGGAUGGAAUCGAGGAUUUUAUUGACUUUACACGGACACACAACCCAGGUGCAACUAGAAUCCGGUGUCCUUGCAGGAGGUGUAACAACAUGUUGUGGGAGACAAUUGAACAUGUUCGAUUUCAUUUAGUAAGAAAUGGAAUGAUUGAGACAUACAGCACUUGGAACCAUCACGGGGAACAAGUAGACAUCGCUUCGUCUUCAGGGGCCACAAGAAUGGACAAUGUUGAACCUAUUGUGGAUCCUAAUGAACAAGUCAGGGAUAUUAUACAUGAUGCUUUUCCAUUUGCAUCGACCAGCAGCACUCAGGAAGGAGAAGAUGAUGUGCCUACACCAAUGGACAGUGCAGAGUUCGAACAGUAUGAAAACCUGUUAAGAAAUGCCAACCAGGAGUUAUACCCGGGGUGCGAGCGCUUUUCCGUUCUGACGGCGAUUGUGGAGCUAAUGCACGGGAAAAUAAAGUAUCGUAUGUCGAACUUGUGUUUCGAUUACUUUUUGGGGGUUUUCAAGAAAAUGCUUCCAACAGACAAUUGUUUGCCGAAAGAUCACAGACAGGCACAGAAGAUGUUGAGUGGUCUUGGAUUGGGUUAUGAAAAGAUCCACGCUUGCAAAAAUAAUUGCAUGUUAUUCUAUAAAGAGUAUGAAACGUUGGAUACAUGCCCUAUAUGCAAUGAAUCGAGGUUCAAACAGACAUCUCAGAAUAGAAUGAGUAAGAUUCCACAAAAAGUCAUGCGUUAUCUGCCCCUGAAACCAAGGUUGCAGCGAUUGUAUAUGUCGACGCAUACUGCCACAGACAUGAGAUGGCAUAAGGAAAAACGGGUAGACGACGAUGUGAUGCGGCAUCCUGCAGAUGGGGAGGCAUGGAAAGAUUUCGAUCGAACGUUCCCCGAGUUUGCUGCUGAUCCCCGAAAUGUGAGGUUGGGACUUGCGACUGACGGUUUCAAUCCGUACGGGGUUCUAAACCAACACCACAGCACUUGGCCGAUUUUCGUAUUUCCAUAUAAUUUGCCCCCUUGGAAAUGCAUGAGAAAAGAGUACAUGAUGAUGACUGGUUUGAUAACUGAGGAUCCUGGCAGGUCAAUCGAUGUGUACUUAAGGCCGUUGGUUGAUGAGCUCAAAGAUUUAUGGACAAACGGGGUGCGCACGUACGAUAAAUCUACUAAGAAGAUGUUCACUUUGCGGGCGGCAGUUAUGUGGACUGUGAAUGAUUUUCCCGCAUAUGCAAUGGUUUCGGGGUGGAGCACAAAGGGUUAUAUGGCAUGCCCUGUAUGCAAGGAAGAUGUAACUUCCGGUUGGCACGCUGGAAAAGUGUGUUACCUUGGGCAUCGAAGAUGGUUGCCAUGGGACCACGAGUGGCAGGAGAAUGAUAUAGAGUUCGACGGGAACAAAGAGCGUCGCGCAAAACCUAGAGAAUGGUCCAGUGAUCAGAUCUUGGAACAGCUUAACCAUUUGGAUUUUGCUCCGUUUGGGAAAACAGUUAGUCGGACCAGACCUGCUACACAUAUGAACUGGACGCACAAGUCUAUGUUUUUUGAGCUCCCAUAUUGGUCGAAACUAAAAUUGAGGCACAAUCUCGACGUUAUGCAUGUUGAGAAAAAUGUGUUUGACACAUUGAUGGGAACGAUUCUAGAUAUCAAGGGCAAGACAAAGGACACUCCGAAAGCGCGUCUUGAUUUGGAAAGAAUGGGCAUACGAAAGGGUUUAUGGCUGAAAAGGGGCAGUGAUAAAGCUAUACGGGAUCUUGCAUUUUUUUCCAUGAAACCGAAUGACAACAAAGAGUUUCUACAGUUCGUAUCGUCUGUAAAGUUUCCUGACGGAACUUGGUAUGAUGACGACCCUUACAUUUUGGCAAACAUGGCAAAACAAGUUGUGUAUCUAAAUGACCCUAAAGCGGGGAACGAUUGGAAAGUUGUUCAGCAUAUGGAUCAGAGGAACGUGUAUGCUAUACCAAAACUAGACCCAUCUAACAACGACGUCGACGUCGUUGACCAACGUUUAGACUCUUCCAUGGAAAAUGAUGCACAUACACUUCUCGAUACAAAUGUUGUUCAAGAACCAUUUCAGAUUGACGGAGUGUCUUCAAGAGAAAUACCGAUUCAGUCAAUUACAAUUGACCUCGGUGAUCUUCCGCGAUACGAUCCAACCAUGGGCCCGAACAACGACGAUGAU